AUGACUGAGAAACCUACUACUGAGAAUGUAAAGACGCUGACAGUGGAGGAGCUCUAUGAUAAGGACAAAUUUGAUCUAUCGACCAUGGGAACGGAUGAUGUCUUGCAGCUGUUGCAGACACAACCUGAAGGUCUCACGUCAUCUGAAGCGGCACAACGUAUUGAAAAGUUUGGUCCCAACAAGCUUGAACAAAAAGAAGUCAAUCCGUUCUUGCAAUUCCUUGGGUUCAUGUGGAAUCCCUUGUCGUGGGUGAUGGAAGCAGCAGCCAUUGUGUCGAUUGCAUUGGCGAAUGGUGGUGGACGACCUCCUGAUUAUCCAGACUUUAUCGGCAUUGUGUUGCUGUUGCUUGCCAACUCGUUGAUUGGGUUUUAUGAGGAGAGACAAGCUGGCAAUGCUGUCAAGGCCCUGAUGGAAUCAUUGGCACCCGAAUGCAAGGUCCGACGUGAUGGUGAAUGGCACAACAUGGAAGCUGCAGAGUUGGUACCUGGUGACAUUAUCAGUAUCAAGCUGGGUGAUGUCGUUCCUGCCGAUGGUCGUCUCUUAACGGCUCAUGGUCAAGUGUCGAUUGAUCAAGCUGCUCUUACGGGUGAAUCGUUACCCGUUGGCAAAGAAGCUGGAGAUGAGAUCUUUUCAGGAUCCACAGUCAAGCAAGGUGAAGCUGAAGCCAUCGUUAUUGGUACCGGUCUCAACACGUUCUUUGGAAGAGCUGCCAAGCUUGUGGGUGAUGCAGGCGAUGACAUUGGCCAUUUACAAACCAUCCUUGCCAAGAUUGGUAACUUUUGCCUUGUAUCCAUUGGUAUCUUUGUCGUGGUCGAGAUCCUUGUCAUGUAUGCUGCCUUCCGUUACGAAUAUCGACGUGGUAUUGAUAACUUGCUGGUGUUGCUUAUUGGUGGUAUUCCCAUUGCAAUGCCCACUGUAUUAUCUGUCACCUUGGCUAUUGGUGCCAAGCAAUUGGCUGAACACAAGGCAAUUGUCACUCGCAUCACCGCCAUCGAAGAAAUGGCAGCCGUUACCAUUCUAUGCUCUGAUAAGACCGGCACCCUUACGCUCAACAAGCUCAUUGUCGACAAGCCUACCAUCAAGACCUAUGCUGAGUUUGAUGGCGACGAUAUCAUUCGGUUGUCAGCCUAUGCCUCGCGUACCGAGAAUCAAGAUGCUAUCGAUUUUUGCAUUGUCAACUCGCUCCCUGAUCCUGUAUUGGCUCGUGAUGGUAUUGAAGAACUCGAAUUCAAGCCCUUCAACCCUGUUGUCAAGCGUACCGAAAUCACCUAUCGACGCGUGGAGGAUGGUGCCGUGUUACGAGUAACCAAGGGCAUGUCACAUACCAUUCUUGAUUUGUGCACUCGUGACAAGACCGAAGAACAAAUCAAGGCACUCAAUGAAGGGGUUGAUGAAUUUGCUCGUCGUGGUCUUCGUGCAUUGGCUGUGGCAGUGGAUGAAGUACCUUCCAAACAUGUCGAAGGUGAAGGCUUGGGUUUCCGUUUGGUUGGCUUGCUACCCAUUUACGAUCCACCUCGUUCGGAUACAAAAGAAACCAUUGAUCGCUCCAUUGCUCUUGGUGUACAAGUAAAGAUGAUUACGGGUGAUCAGCUUGCUAUUGCCAAGGAAACGGGUCGUCGUCUAGGCAUGGGUGACAACAUGUUCUUAUCCAAGGCACUCAAAGAUGGCCCACCUGCAGGAUCAGGUUACCAAAGCAUUGAUGACAUGGUGUUACAAGCGGAUGGCUUUGCUGGUGUCUAUCCAGAGCACAAGUAUGAGAUUGUUGAACGAUUGCAAGCCAUGGGUCACAUGACCGCUAUGACGGGUGAUGGUGUUAAUGAUGCCCCUGCUCUUUCCAAGGCCAAUGUGGGUGUUGCUGUAGCUGAUGCUUCUGAUGCUGCACGUUCGGCUGCCGAUAUUGUAUUGACCGAGCCUGGUUUAUCCGUGAUUGUUGAAGCCAUUAUUGGAUCACGCCAAAUUUUCCAACGUAUGCGAAAUUACGCCAUUUAUGCAUGCUCCAUCACCAUUCGUGUGGUGGUUGGCUUUGCGGUCUUGUGUUUUGCCUUUGAGCAUGAUUUUCCUCCUUUCCCAGUGCUGAUCAUCGCCGUGCUCAACGAUGGUACUAUCAUGACCAUUUCCACCGAUCGUGUCAAGCCUUCACCUUACCCAGAUCAAUGGAAUUUACGUGAGAUCUUUACCUAUGCCGUUGUCUAUGGAUUGUAUCAAGCCGCUUCCACACUUGUCUUUGCAUCGGUCAUUUAUCAUACCACCUUCUUCCACGACAAGUUUGGUGUUGAGCUACCAGCUGAUCGUAACGACCAUGUUUAUCACUCGAUCAUUUAUUUACAAGUAUCGGUCAUGUCACAAGCACUGAUUUUUAUUACUCGAUCACGAAGCUGGUUCUUUAUGGAGCGUCCUUCAGUCUACUUGAUGUGUGCCUUUGUUGUCGCCCAAUUGGUUGCCACUUUUAUUGCCGUAUACGCUGAUUGGGGCUUCACAUACAUGCGUGGCUGUGGAUGGGAUUGGGCUGGUAUUGUAUGGAUUUGGAACAUUUGCUGGUUCUUGCCCAUGGAUUUCUGCAAAUUCGCCAUGCAAUUCCUCUUCACGCCAAAGAACACGCUUGCAGAAAACAAGACACCUAUGGCGGGUGGUCUUGAUUCACGUCGUGCAUCCAUCAUUUCCACUACGUCAUCCGCUCGUUACUAUGCCAACCGUACUCGAUCCCUCCGAUCCCUUGAACAACCUCGUAACUUUGGCAAGCGUCUUUUGAACAUGAAUAAGAAGAUGAGCAUGGAUAAAAAGGAAAUGCAUCGCUUUUCGCUUGUUCAGGCUAACCAAGCAGCUCAAGUACUUGGAAGCGGUAGUGGUAGCAGCAACAACAACCGAUAUUAG